GUGUUGUCAUUCGCACAAUGAGACUCGAGUCGGCAGGUAGCGGCGUGUGCCUCUCUGCGUGACUCUCGCAUUACCCAUCGAAAUGCAAUAGCAUCAAGUGUAAAGAGAAGCCCAACGGGAUUAUUUUCUACGAACAAUUAAGUAGCUCAAUUAGCUCGUAUAAUUAAAUUAACUUUCGCGAUCAAUUGUAAUUGAAUCGAAUACUUUUAUCAAAGCAAUUACGCCGUGCGGAUUGUUUCAAGGAAAUUGAAACAUGAAAAAUUAAAUUUUUCGUUUUACCGCAAUAUUUAUACGCGUGCGGGCGCGGGCGGUAAUGGUUUUCUCUAAUGCUAUUUAGAUUUUGAAUGUGCCUUGCAUAGAAUUUUAAUUUUAACGUAUUGGGUUGUAACUUAAAUUUUUUAUCACUCCCGCGCGGCGUGAUAUACAAUUAUUGUACAUGGAUUGUGUGAUAAACUAUAUAAGUACAUUAUAUAUACUGAAUUUUUAUUUUAUAUUUUUGAAUAAUUAAAUAUAAAUUAGCCAUUAAAUUAACUUUAUAAAUUAAAGUACUAUAUCGCACGGUGUUAGAAUGCGGGUAUCAUAUUUAAAUCCUUUGAACUUUGAACGGUCGUAGUCGCGUUUCGAUGGAAUUCCGUCAGAGUGUAAAAUAGUAAAGUGUGCAUUAUGUGUGAUUAACAUGGGUAGUGCCUUGCCAGCCAAGUGCGGAUUAUUAUUCUAAUGCUUAAUAUGCGCGAUCAUAAUUACGCGUUUUCACGAGCAUUGUGUGUACGAGUGAAUAAAUCUGAGAGAAGGAGAAGGAGGAGAAAGCCCCUCGAGCUUUCCAACACAGUCACCGCUGCGCACUAUAUCGGGUCGAGAAAAACCGAACAUCUGAACGAUGUGAGAGGAAUAUAUGGACGGACACCAAACGGACUGGGCAGAUUCGGCGAAAUCACGAACACGUGGCGGGACGUGAAGCGGGCGUUAAGCCUGCUGUGCGUAAAAAAAUUCUCCGGCAGCGGGACAAUGCUGGAGGCGCCGCCCGGAAGUCGCGAAGACCUCGUAGAGGCGGCAAGAACUCCAUGUACACCCACCGAUCUGGACACGAUGCUGUACGGAUACACGAACAGCAUAUACGUGCUGGACCACACGCCUGAAUCCUUGCCGGACAUGGACAUGCUGCAGCUGUUUGCAUCCCCGGCAGGUCGGGCGUUACUCACGAGCGACAAUCGGCCGAGGGGAUCAACGUCGACUUCCUCCUUGUCUCGAGAGUCCUCGUCGAGGUUGAAGAGUAGCAGGAGACCAUCCGGUACCGGCACCGUCAGCGCACCUACGUCGCCGCCAAGACGGCGGAAGUCGAGCGCCGAGCUUUACAAGGAAGCUGUCGAGAUUCUCGGCCUUACUUGCUCACUGACUGAUAGCUGCCGGUGCAUCGAUUGCCAGAGCAACUAUUUCGAUUGCGACGACGAUUGCGCCGACGCCGGUACAGAAUUGGCUGCAGGCACUCCUAUUCUAUUGGACCACGCUUUAUCGCAUCAUCUGACUGUGUGUUCCAUACAGUAGCAAACGACCGGUAGACGAAGAUUCCGAAAAAAUCGGCCCCUUGUUAGCCCGCUCUGCCAUACGUUCCAGGAGAAGAUGAUGACGUCGCCGGCACGUCAAUAUCUUCCGAUAAUUGCACAACAUUCGCGUUAAAAGCAGGAAUUAGCGAGACUGAAUAAAGCAACCAGCGCGGAAACGAUACCACAUGUAGAGAGAUCGAAUACGGGACUGGAUAACGGGAAAAUUGAGUCGUUCGUUUUGCACUCCGCGAGUCUCCACAGAGUUCAUGCAAAUAUAUAUUUUCUCUUGCCAAGUAAUUUAUCUGACACCUUAUGCGAUCGAACGAUUAUUUGCUCAACCGUGUUUCAUCGGAAUAAAUGCAGCGUCAGGCUUCACAUGAAUUAUUAUCCAAACACAACCGAACACGUUUGUUUUUGUGUAAUACAGUAUAUGAAUAUAUCGAUAAACUGCUAACGUAAGCAAAAUAAGUAAUUCUUGCAAAUUGUUUAUUCCGUAUUGUAGUGAUGGCGCAACGACUCGCACGUUUGUACUGUCGAAAAUUGCGUUCAGAAACGAUGAUAAAGCACGUAUUCGAAAAAUCGGACGAAUUUAAAUCAUGCCAAAAACAGCGCCAAAAAAUUUAUUAUAGGAAUAUCCUAAUUAAUAGUUAGCCUGCGUGCGCCGCAUUCGUAUCCCGUUCGGUCAUCCAUCAUCGGAUAAAUGUAUCGGUAUUGUAAUCUGUAAUCGGAUCGCGUCGACAUACGCGGUGUAUGUAAAGUCUGUAUACACACACAUGUAUGCGUGCAUGUGUGUGUGUGUGUGUACAGGUGCAUGCAUGUUAAAUUUACUACAUGUUUUAUUAUUAAUACGUACUUAAGUCUAGCGAAAUGCAAUUGUUGAAUAGUAAGUGCGUACAGCCGAAUGAAUUAAGAGGUCGCUCCAGGCGGUUGGGAAUAAUUUCGCACGAUGUUAUGUAUAGACUUUAAAACAUAUAUGUCACGCAGUUGAAUAUGUGUACGAUUAAGUUUUCUAAAAUAAACCCCCCCUCCUACUGAAAACUCUACGUCGAGUUAAGGAGAGACGCGUGUAAUAAAUAUGUGUGCGGCGAGUUGGUUUUCUCAACCUGCAGAACAACGUGCGACGGCGCAAAAAUGUAAAACACUCAAAAACACUGUCCAGACGAAUUUUCCAUUUGUUAUAUAAAUGAGAUUUCUGUGAAAAAAAAUUGAUUUACAAACCAGAAAGGUUGAGAGGACUUUUCUCACGACGUGUAAUUGUAUAAGCGAUGUAACGAUAAACGAAAUUAGGCCUGAAUUACGUUGCGCACUUCGAGCUAAGUGACGCAGAUCUAAGGUACGAACGGAAGAAAGCAUCGUACUUACCGUGAAGGUAUUUAAAAAAAAAAAAGCUUAGCGAUAUAUCUAACCGGGAUUUCAAAGUGGGUCAAAGUGCCAAAUAAUUUAUUGCUAAGCUUUUGCCAGAUAAAUAAUCGAAUUGUUAAGGAAACUUUCGCGUGUAUGUUAAUUAAAACGUUACGUUAUAUAUUCGGGCGCUCCGAUAAAAUUUUAUACCGAGCUGGAACAAAAUAUUAAUCUUUAGAUUUAAUCUAUAGGAAUCUGGUAUAUAUAUAUAUAUUCUGCUCGCGAAAUUUUUUCUCCGUGCGAAUUUUCAUUGUUAAUUGCUUUUGUUAAUUGUACAUCAUGUUGCGUUCUUUUUGAUCUUAUUUUAGAAUUUAAAUUAACAAUGCCAUAUUUGAACAUUCUGUAAUUUUCAAAGUUAUCGCGAUAUCAGAAGUAAAUACGUAAAGUUGAAUUUUAAGAUGUUCAUAAAUAAAAGGGAUAUAUACAGAACCUCAUCAAAAAUACGUUUAAUAAUCGAGGAAGCAAUCGAGAUGCACUUCUCGUAAAACUUUUAUCACGAUUAACUUAAAGCUGUUUAACAAUUCAAAUUCUACAUUCGAGCGUUUUAUUAUUAACUACAAUUGAAGCUUUAAUUAUUCCUUAUGUAACUUCGCUUUUAGUUCAAUUGAAUGUUCAUCUUCAUUAUUUAAACUUGAAAGUGAUAUUUUCAGAGAGACUGGUAUUAUAAAUCCUGGACGAGGUAAAUUCAGCCUUUUCUCGUCCAUAGUCAUGAGCAUACGAAUUCUCGUAUUUCUCGCGUUAAAGCACGUAAAACGUACGUAGAAAAUUCGAUCGUCAGACGAUACGGCAUUUUUCAUUUUCCGUACAAUUUUAUAAUUUUGUAAUUUUUCAUAAUUCUUAAAUUGUUUACAAUUUUUAAACUCUUAUUGCAAUAUUGUUACUUUUUACAACGAGAUAUUUUGUCGAUAUUAGAUAUAAUAGGUAUCUAUGACCUAUAGUCACGAAAUCAAGUUUCUUCUAACUUGUCGAGUGAAUAGAUUUGCGCUCUUCUUGUUCUAAUUAAACGGUUGUCGCGCGCGAUUUAUCGUGAAAUCGUGCAAAUAGAAUCUUUACAUGAAACGAUAAUAAUUUCUCUUUAUGAAAAAAGUCACAUCUGCGAACUGUUAUCAAAAAUAUAAGUGUCUCUGAUAAUCGAUCUCUAAUUAAUUUGAAAAAUGUUUUAGAUAUAAAUAAAAGUGACAUAUUUUCAAAUUUUAUAUAAAAUUAGAUUGUUAUACACAUCAAGCAGAUACGAUGCGAAAUAUGUAAACUAUUACGAUUCUCAUUAGCUAUCAGAGAGUAAGCAGAAUGUAUUCCACUUUAACGUAAUGAGAAUGAUUUCUAUCACGCGGAGAAAAGUCUAAAUUAAAUGAUGGAUUAUACCUGAUAAGUGAUGUAUGCUAUACUCUAUUCUGAGUGUAUAUUCGUGAAUUAAUAAGUGAUCGAUCAAUAAUGACGAAUCAGAUGACACUUAUCGAUGUAUCUUUUUUCACCAAGAUUAUUUAUCUUUGUUAAGAAGACGCGCUAUAGCGGAGUGUUGGUAUGAUUGAAAUAUCGAUUAACGUUAUUAUAAGUAUAGAUAGAAACAAAAGAAGCGAUCUUUAAUUAAGUAGACGCGAAGUGGGGGAGAGCCUCGAAAUUGAGUUUAGCGUUAGCGAUUAAUCGAAAGAAGCAUUCGAAGAAAUCUGAAUAUUUCUUCCUAAUUUCACGGGCAAAUAUCGUGAACAAAAAUUUGAUUACGUUUGAGUACGUUUAGUGAUAUUGUAAUAAAAUACAUUUAGUACAAUUACAUUUACUACAAUUAAACCUUAGUAUUAUUAGUAUAGUAUUAUUACUACGGUGUAGUUGAGAUCCGUAUAAUUAUUAAUAUUUUGUAUUUCGGGCUUUCUUCCGCAUACAUUUGUAGCCAAUCCAAUUUUAGAAUGCACGUAAUUCGUUGCGUCGGAUUGGCUUCUUCUCAUCGACGAAAGUAAUAACAGCGCAAUUAAUAAUCUUUCCAGAUAUAUUCGUGAGCCGCGGAAAAUCUCGCGAGGGUAUGUAAUGCGAAGAUCUCUGGCUUCUAACCGUUUUAUAGUAACAUAAAUUGCGAGGGAAAUUCCGAGCAGAAGAUCCUCGCGAGCCGUCGUUGCGGCGUACUCUUGAGUAAGAGGCUACCAUUAAAGUACGAUACAAUAUA